AUGAAAUCGAAAUCUGCGAGCAGACCUCAGCGUCGACAAACAUCGAACAAAAGUAACGAGCCGCUCGAGAGUCAUGUCGAUGAAGACAGUAGCAACGCCCGGCCUGUCAAGAGGAAGAGAACUGCGAGCAAGCCAAGGGACAAGAGAUAUGAGUGUCCCCAAGAAGGAUGCGACAAAAGUUACUCACGUGCCGAACAUUUGUACAGGCAUCAGCUAAACCACGCUCCGAAGCAGAUCUUCAAUUGUGACUUUGAGGGAUGUGAUCGGCAUUUUGUUCGCCAGGAUCUCUACGCCAGACAUCGAGAGAGACAUACCAAGGAGAAUUCGCAUCUAUAUCGUCGGGAUGCUUUCAAGCAUGGCAAGCUCAAAUCUUCUCACAUCACCGAAGCUCAGCAGGAACAGUCUUCGGAUGCUCAGAUAGCUGCCUCCAGUACAAGCUGUGACGGAUCGGAGCCACAAAGUGUCGAGCAGCCAGUUGCUUCAAAGCCACAUGAGUCUGUACUGAGCUUUGGCUCCAUGGCUCUUGAUCCACGAUUGACAUCUGGACCAGACGACUUUGGCUCGGCCAUGGCACCCGGUCCCUUCAAUGGUAAUGUGGAACGUGACCAGUACGAUAACACAUUGGAUCCUGUGAACAACCCCCUGAACACUCGACUAGCUGCUCGCUCGAGCCAUCUGGACACACCACAGACAGCAUCUGGCAAUCUAGUGACCUCCGGAGCAAUGGACGAUCGUAUAGUCAGUGUACGCCACGAAGUCAAUAACCCUGUAUUUGCCAGACCUAACAUGCCACCCGCAAUCCCGAUGGAUAUGUAUCAUCUCAACUCAAUGCAGAGCAUGUUCGCUCCCAUUAGCAAUGCUACUGGAGUUUACUUGCCUCAACCCUACCCAUCACCGUCUACCGCGGCAAACCUCAGAUCUCCACCAGCUUUCACCAACUUGCCUACAGUAUCGCAAUUCAACCUGCCUUACAACACUCAAAUUCAAUCACCGAUCGGCAUGAGAUCGGACUCUGUAACAUCCUAUCUUUCUAAAAGCGGACCGAGUUAUCAAGCCACAGGCUACACGGAUCCCAACGUCCUUCACCACCUCUCCGCGAGUGCGACUGUACCAGUUUUCAACGAGAACUAUGGACCGUCACCUCCGGAGAUGCCAGGUACGGAGUUUAUCAGCUGGCUAUUUGAAGGCGACCAAGGCGCGGUUUUCCCACCCCACUCCCACGCACCAUACAAUUACAAUCAGAACCCACAGUUACUACAUGACAACAUGCAGACUUCGGCUGGAAACACCUAUCUGGAGUCUCUAGCUCGCCCUCCAUCGGUCGCCAAAACAGAACAAGACAGCAUACAACCCGAGUGUGUGCUGUCCAGUCCACGAAGGCAGCGGCUCCUGGACCUGAUAAUCUCCGAGUUCAAAGAUGGAAGGCACGUCCAAGUCUCUAUGCAGAGGGAGAAAACACUAAAAGGUGACCACGACGGAGACACCCACGUGCUGAGUUUGCGAAUGAUGCAAGUUUUCUGCAGCUCGUUCUGGCUCAACAUACAUCCACAACUUCCGAUUCUACAUAAACCAACAUUCUCAGCCGAGACAUGCCCCGAUCUUCUGCUUAUCGCCGUAAUGACACUCGGUGCAUCUUGUCUGGAGCCAUCAUAUGGCUACGAAGUCACCCAAGCUUCUGCAGAACUGGCUUCUUUCCUAGCAUGGCACACUCGUCGGAUGAUAGUUGAAGAUCCAGACUUUAUCCCGCCAGCCAAGUUAUGGAUAUUCCAGUCCUUGUUGCUGUUGGAAGUCUUCGAAAAGAUGUUUUCAACCACUGUUUUACAUCAACGGGCACACAUUCACCACUGUUCAACUCUUACUUUGAUGCGGCGAGGUAGUUCACUUGUGGGAAGAGCAGCACUUGAUUUCGCCCCGUAUGACGUCGACCCAACGAGGACACCACCUGGACCUAACGGCAGUGUGAAUACUUGCGGAAAGAAUACAAAAGACGAAUGGUGGAACAACUGGAUCAGUAACGAGGCUACGCGCCGAACGGCUUUUGCUGCCUUCAUUAUUGACACAACACACGCGACCAUGUUUGGUCACGCUGCUGUGAUGGUCGCCCACGAGAUGCGAAUACCACUCCCAUGUGACGAGGCUCUGUGGGCUGCUCCGAGUGGGGCUGAAGUGCGAAGCCAUGAGCAUAGCCUUACACUAAGCGGUUACAGACCGAUGAGCUUCCUCGAGGCGUUGAAGAAGACACUAAACAGCCAACAUGUACAGACCAACACCUUUGGCCGGGUUACCAUCAUGGCAGGCCUCAUGAGUGUCAGCUGGCACAUGAGAAUGCAAGACGUGAGAGCAAGCUCGAUCGGAGUUGGCAAACAGGGCAGUUGGAGUGAUCAGCUGGCAUCUGCUUGCGAUUUCUGGCGGCGCGAUUUCGAUGCUUCCCUGGCCAAGUCAUCCUCUAACGCACCGGUGUAUUUGUAUGAUCGAAUCUCAAGCGACGUUAUGGAUAAGGAGAAGGUAUUUGAAUCACGUACAGUGCUCCACCAUCUGGCACGCAUGGCAAUGUACGUUGACAUUGUCGAUUGUCAGAUUCUUGCUGGAGCCAAACGCUCCUUGGGACGUGUGAUUACUGCGAAUGAUCAUGCGGCAGCAUCAAAAAAGUUGAGAGAGACCUGGGCCCCAUCUCAUGGGGCUCGUGAUGCCGUGUUCUACGCGUUGCGCUUCUUGUCGGCUGUGCUGUUACCGGAGGAUGACGGUUCUUCUGGGCGACAUCCUAGUGCACAAGGGCUUACAUAUUCAGCUCGUGACGACAAUCUGCUCAAUCGGCCUUGGGUGCUCUACUUUGCUGCACUUGUUGUGUGGACUUACGGCUUCUGCUUAGAUGGCCCUAUAGCACCACCGUUGCCGACUUACACGCUCAGGACGCAUGAGAUCAAAUUUAGGGACUUGCGCGGCUUCCUUCGCCGCGUUGGUGGGGUCAGAUCGGCCGAUGAUCUGCAGCACGUCAAGCACCGAAAUGGGUGUUUGGGAUUGUUGAUGCUCCUGAAAGAGAUCUUCAGCAAGACCAGAUGGGAACUUCUCCACGAAGCGAGCGAAAUGCUGGGAAAUUGCAUCGAGCUGCUUAUGCCUGGCAUCUCCAAUAUCUGAGCACUUUUAGUUGGUGCGUGGUUGACCAAAGCGGCUCUUACAUCAUGGUCAGGCGUUGGUCAAGUGGGGGGUCUCAGUUUUUGGGUUACAUGAGAGGAUCAAAGCUGAACCAGUUGCUUGGGUCGCCUUGGUAGUCUUCUAUAUCAAUGUGUAUCUCGAGUGUCGAUAAAGUCCGUCAUACUCUGCGGAUCAUGACGAAUUGGCUGUUCAUCAAGUAGGACCUUCAGCUCGCUCAUCGUUAAACUCAGAUACGAAA